CUCUCGGGACGUCAGCAUGGCGGUGUUUGCAGAUUUGGACUUGAGAGCGGGUUCGGAUUUGAAGGCUCUGCGCGGACUGGUGGAGACCGCCGCUCACCUUGGAUAUUCAGUUGUUGCCAUCAAUCAUGUUGUUGACUUUAAGGAAAAGAAACAGGAAAUUGAAAAACCAAUAGCUGUUUCUGAACUCUUCACAACUUUACCAGUUGUACAGGGAAAAUCAAGACCGAUUAAAAUUUUAACUCGAUUGACGAUUAUAGUUACAGAUCCGUCCCACUGCAAUGUUUUGAGAGCAACCUCUUCAAGGGUCCGCCUAUAUGAUAUUGUUGCAGUUUUUCCAAAGACAGAAAAACUUUUUCAUGUUGCUUGCACUCAUUUAGAUGUGGAUUUAGUCUGCAUAACUGUAACAGAGAAAUUACCAUUUUAUUUCAAAAGACCUCCUGUUAAUGUGGCAAUUGACCGAGGCCUGGCCUUUGAGCUGGUCUACAGCCCUGCAAUCAGAGACUCCACGAUGAGAAGGUACACCAUCUCCAAUGCCCUCAAUCUGAUGCAGAUCUGCAAAGGAAAGAAUGUAAUUAUAUCCAGUGCUGCAGAAAGGCCCUUGGAAAUAAGAGGACCAUAUGAUGUGGCAAACUUAGGCUUGCUGUUUGGGCUCUCUGAGAGCGAUGCCAAGGCUGCAGUGUCGACGAACUGCCGAGCAGCACUUCUCCAUGGAGAAACUAGAAAAACGGCUUUUGGAAUUAUUUCUACAGUGAAGAAGCCUCGACCAUCCGAAGAGGAGGAGGAUUCUCUUCCAGCCUGCAAGAGAGCUAAAUGUGAGGGCUGAGCAGAACGCUUCAGUCCAUCAGCACGCCCUUCUCCUCUGUAGCCCAUCUCACCCUCCCCACAAAAACCAUAACACUUUUGCAUAAUUUGCAGUUUUCAUUUGAAACUAGAAACCAUUAGUCUGUAAAAACAGGCAUUAAAAACAGCAAACAAAACCUACUAAAACAUUUUAUUUUCUAAAAGGCUAAUAGCUUUAUUAAGUAUAUUUUAUAGAAGAACAGGCUACAGUAUCAUUAAUGUAGAUGAUAUUCUAUUCAUAAGGUGCUUUAGUAUGCAAGAGACUGAAAAUGUAAAAACAAAUGCUUUUUCUACUUGGGGUGUAUAUGUGUGUCUUUUUAAAACUUCAAGAAAUGGUUAUUUUGAAUACUAUCAAAACAUGUUAAGGGAGUAGCUUUUAAAGCUUUUUAUUUAUUGAUUUAAGUCAAAGUGCCUUCUAAGGCAUUGCUCUGUAGAAGCAGAAGGAAUGUAUACAUAAAAUUAUACUUCUUCUCUUUA